AUGACGUGCCAGCGCGGCAUGCGGGGUGCCAGCUUGCUGCUUGCCCUGGGCCUCGCGGCCGCGCUGCUGGCCCUGCCGCACGCCGCUGCGCAGCCCGCCGCUGCAUCGCCCGCGCCUAAAGCCGCGCCGGCCGCUGCCAAGGCCUCGCCCGCACCCCUGGCGAAGCCAGCCGCGUCGCCGGCGCCGGCAGCGGCGUCGACCUCGCCUGCGCCAGCGGCCGCAAAGUCCCCGACGGUCUUCCUGCCGGCCGCGAAGCCGGCCGCGUCCCCGGCGGCAGCCGCGUCGUCGGCGCCGGCAGCCGCCGCCCCCACGGCUGGCAAGAAGACACUGAAAAUCGGGUGCCUGGUGCCCCUCACGGGCGGCAAGACCAACACGGGCCGCGCCGUGCAGGCCGCCAUUGAGAUGGCCAUCCGGGACGUCGCCCCCAAGCGGCUGCCGGGCGUGGACGUGCAGCUGGUGUGCGAGGACACAAAGUGCGCCGACGUGCCCUCGCUGCGCGCGGCGCAGCGCCUUGCGCGGGACAAGGGCGUGAACGUGCUGAUCGGGGACGUCUGCUCUGCCGCGUCGCUGGCGGCGACGUCUGUUGCCAACAAGUACCAGCUGCCCAUGGUGUCGCCCGCGUCCACAUCGGUGUCCCUCUCAACGGCCGGCGACUACUUUUUCAGGACCGUCCCCAGCGACCGCUACCAGGGGCAGUUUGCGGCCGCCAAGAUGGGCGCCCUGGGGCUCAAGAAGGUCGUCGUGGCCUUCAGCGACGAGUCGUACGGCCAGGGCCUGUCCUUCGCGUUCAUCGCGGCGUUCACCAAGGACGGCGGCCGGGCCUUCCCGGUGCCGCUGCCCGCGGGCGUGCGCAACACGUCGGCUGUGCUGGCCGAGAUCCGCAGGAACCAGGCGGACGGCGUCUUCAUUGCCAGCAACAACGUGCUGCAGGGCGCAGCAACCGCCCUGCAGGCUCCGCUGGUGCUGUCCAUCCGCCAAAGCUUUGGAUCAGCAAUCCUUGCUCGGCUCUUGACACCCUCCACCUGCCUCACCCGUACGUGA